AUGAGCUCGUCCCCAGCAGUGGAGCCGUCGUCACCUUCCACCACGACUCCCUCAUCACCGGCGCUGAAGGCCGGUGAAUACGGACAGUUUAACACGUCCACACCGAAUUACGUGAAUAAGAAGCAGUAUCAUCCCCCAUUGAACGUAGUACUACCAGCCACUGCGCCCGCUACGCCGCCCACCUACGGUGAGCCGACAUUGACGCCUCCGCCGAGAUCCCCCGGGGCUGCGGUGGUGACCCCGGCCUCUGGUGACGGCCGAGGGCAUCCGCCGGACGGCACUUCGUCUGACAAAUCCUCAGAAACAGCAGCUGGCGUGUCACGUACACCGAGCACAGCCCUCUCCCGCAAGGAGAGUUACAAAGCUCAGCGUCAGCAUUACAGAAGAGAAAAGAAGAGAGCAGCAUCGGCACUCUUACACUCUAUCGAGGAUCCCACUGUUGUGGUUCUCGCUGAUUGGCUAAAGGUCCGAGGUUCGCUAAAGUCAUGGACCAAGCUGUGGUGCGUGUUGAAGCCUGGCCUUUUGUUAUUGUACAAAAGUUCUAAGGCCAAGAGCAGCCACUGGGUGGGCACUGUACUCCUCACAUCCUGCCGAGUCAUCGAGAGACCCAGCAAGAAGGACGGCUUCUGUUUCAAGCUAUAUCAUCCUCUGGAGCAGAGCAUCUGGGCACCAAGGGGGCCCCAUAACGAGACUAUAGGUGCGGUGGUGCAGCCGCUGCCCACGGCGCACCUGAUCUUCCGCGCGCCGUCGCAGGCCGCCGGCCACUGCUGGCUGGACGGGCUGGAGCUCGCGCUGCGAUGCAGCAACGCCAUGCUCAGAUGUUCCCGGUCCAGGCCGGAGCAGACCGUGGAGCUGGAAGCGCCGGCCACCCAGACCAUCUCACACGAGGAGUUGGAGAAACACUUCAAUGAACACGCAGUAGGCAAGCACACGGAACUAUCGACUCGCAGUUCUCCGAUCCCUAUCAUGACGAUUUACGACUGUUCGCCUAAUCGAUGCAGCUCGGCGGAUCCGAAGCCGAUGAAAAAAUCGAAAACUAACAAAAUAUCGAGAUGGGCGCAGUUCAUUGAAUCGAUAGAGAUAUUGGCUAAAGAGCACGAUACUAGCGACUCGCAGACGCCAGAAAGCGAUAAGAAAGAUGGCGGACUACUGGACUUUUUGAAGAGGAAAGAGUUACCCGAAAAGAAUAAAAGUCACGCGUGUAGUCCGAUUAAAGUAGAUGUGUUAUGUAGAAAAUCUUCAAUUUUAAAGUACUUCGAUUUACCUAAGCUUCCAGCGCCUGUGGGAGACAAAAAGAACGAAGCCGAGAAGAAUUUGACAGCGUCUAGUACCCUCGAAGACAAUGUGUCCAUAGGGCCAUUCAUACCAAAAAGGCGCAGCUCUACUCCGACCUCAAAGUCGAAAUUGGCGCAGAAAAGGGUAAGACGUCUCCGAGAGUCCGGCGUGAAGACAGAUUCGGAAAAUGACGAUUCUGCGGUUAAAACUUCUUUGCCCAAGAAAUUUAAGGGCAGUUCGGAGAUAAUCUGCGAUACUUCCGAUAAUAUUUUGAUUACAAAGACAGCACCAUCUAUAGAGAGGUUUAGAGAGACUAGUUCGUCUUCGACAGACGAUUGCGAUAUAAGUAAAUCUAAUAGGCGUAUUGCAACUCCGUGUCGCCGCGGCACGGAAUCUAGCGGCAAAUAUUCACUCAUAGAUUACGGAAAGCUACCCUCCACGAGUUUUGAAGCAUCAGAAAUCGAGAGGAGGGACCAAAGGUUCACGACUGAGAGCGCUUACAUAACGGGCACGGUACUAGCGAACGGUGAGGUGUUACUGUAUCGGGUUGCGCAGUCAGAAGGAUGUUUGAUUAUUUACUUUUAA